AUGAAUUAUCAUGACUCUGAGCGGGCAGACAAUGACUCUAAGCAGCCAGACAAUGACUCUGAGCGGCCAGACAAUGACUCUAAGCGGCCAGACAAUGACUCUAAGCGGCCAGACAAUGACUCUGAGCGGCCAGACAAUGACUCUGAGCGGCCAGACAAUGACUCUGAGCGGCCAGACAAUGACUCUAAGCGGCCAGACAAUGACUCUGAGCGGCCAGACAAUGACUCUGAGCGGCCAGACAAUGACUCUGAGCGGCCAGACAAUGACUCUGAGCGGCCAGACAAUGACUCUGAGCGGCCAGACAAUGACUCUAAGCGGCCAGACAAUGACUCUAAGCGGCCAGACAAUGACUCUAAGCGGCCAGACAAUGACUCUAAGCGGCCAGACAAUGACUCUGAGCGGCCAGACAAUGACUCUGAGCGGCCAGACAAUGACUCUAAGCGGCCAGACAAUGACUCUAAGCGGCCAGACAAUGACUCUAAGCGGCCAGACAAUGACUCUAAGCGGCCAGACAAUGACUCUAAGCGGCCAGACAAUGACUCUAAGCGGCCAGACAAUGACUCUAAGCGGCCAGACAAUGACUCUAAGCGGCCAGACAAUGACUCUGAGCGGCCAGACAAUGACUCUAAGCGACCAGACAAUGACUCUGAGCGGCCAGACAAUGACUCUGAGCGGCCAGACAAUGACUCUAAGCGACCAGACAAUGACUCUAAGCGGCCAGACAAUGACUCUGAGCGGCCAGACAAUGACUCUAAGCGACCAGACAAUGACUCUGAGCGGCCAGACAAUGACUCUAAGCGGCCAGACAAUGACUCUGAGCGGCCAGACAAUGACUCUGAGCGGCCAGACAAUGACUCUAAGCGACCAGACCGGUUGCGGGUGUAG